AUGUCACGACCUCAAGUUGGCAUCGAGCGCCUGCCAACUCGCCGCAUGAGCAAUGAGCCACGAGAAUCAAUGAACUGCAAGUCAUGUCGAAAGCGCAAGGUCGGUAUUUACCCGAACGUCUGGCAACUUGCGGCGCAAACCCAAGAUUACCCGGUAUAUCUGCCUGUGCUAACGAACUGCGUCUUCGACGCCGUGCCGAAGAAGCGAGGACCAAAAACGGAUGUGCUUGAGGCUUUGCUCAAGAGGGUAGAUGGCUUGGAGGCUCAACUCAAGGACAAGAAGAAAUCCGAUGGCUCGCCGACGGCAGAGGAGCCGCCAUUGGUUACGGAGGACGCGGUAGAUGACGAUGCCGCGUCGCCGUCUGCAAACCCAAUACCGAGCACGAGCACGAGCACGAGCACGAGCACGAGCACGGCAACAGCCGAGCCGAAAGCGAAGCGGCUUGCAUUAGAUACUGCUCGGGCAAUAGAUGCAGCCACAGAAAUCGCCAUAUACUCACCCACAGUCAACAGCGACUCCUCCCCCGUCAUCCAAAUGGAUGCACUCCUGGACACUUACUUCAACCGCUUCCAUGCAAAACCCUAUCAUAUCCUCGACGAAUCCUCGGUACGGCAGCGUCUCCAACUCAGCCAGUUGCCCAUUUAUUUGGUGCAUGCUAUCUAUGCUGUUGCUGCUAGGUAUACACCUCAUCCAGCCGGCUACCAGUCUGCGGUAAGACUGAGCGAGGACUACGCGUCGCAAUCGAGAAGCGAAAUAGAUACCGAUGAACCGUCCGUCGAUGCCCUCCAGGCCCUGCUCCUUCUUGUCAUUGCCUUCACGGCAGCAGGCAAGGGCAAGAAGGCUUACAUGCUUUUGACAAACGCUAUUGGCAUGGCCAUGGCUCUCGAGUUACACCGCGAGGUCGGCAUGCACGCCCGCAUAACUGCCGUGGAGCGCGAGAUGCGGAGGCGACUGUUCUGGACAUGUUAUCUUCUCGACAGAUUUAUGGCCUGCGGAUCGAAACGACCUUGCAUUGCUGGCGAUAAAACCAUACUUUUGCGGUUACCAAGUUGGUCCCCGAACCUCUCGGGCUUACAGAUAGAAGGGGAAUUCUUCCAGAGCGGCUCGAACCUCCAGUACCUGCAGGGCAACGGCAAGAAGUCGCAGGGCAGCAGUGGGAUGCUUAUUGACAUAAGCCGUAUUCUGGGUGUCACGAAUCGAUACCUCGCAUCAGGCGGCGUGAAAGGGGACUCCCAUUUCCCGUGGCACACGCUCUCCAGCCUGUCCAAGAUUAGACAAGACCUCGAUAUCUGGGCUUCAGGAACCGACGACGUUUUCUCCAGCCUUGAUGUGCUAUUCGGCCACCCAGAUUGCACCGUGCUGGUGCUCAGUAAACUCAUUUACCACCUGAUUCACUGCCUCAUAUACCGACCAUUCCUCCCCAUCGACCUGGCGGAACUCGCUGGGACAGGUCAACAUCAGUCAUGGCAAAUUGAGGCCACAAACAUGUGCUUCUUACACGCCAAUGCGAUAGCGGAGUUGGUUCAGCUUGGAAAACAGACGGCGUCUAUCGAAUGGCCCGCCUUUGUUGGAUACUGCAUUUGCACCGCUGGCACAGUCCAUAUCCACGGAGCUCACUACAACAAGACCGGAACAGGCGGGGACACGGGCGCCUUCGUUUCGUCGGCGGAGUUUCUGUCCCGGGAAAUGCAGCAACUGAGCGAGCUACGGUACGCGUGGGCGUGCGUGCAGCACCAACGGGAGACCUUGCAAGGCAUAUACAACGCCCACACCGAGUUGGUCAAGGGGCUCGCGAGCAAUUCGAUGCGCUAUUCGCCCGUGUUCAGUCUGGAGGACUUCUUCGACCGUUACUCGAGCGUUGGAGGACCCGACGGGCAGAUCUCCACAUUCGAUGCGGCCAGCCUGAGCCUCUCGGAUGUUGUCAUCGACUUUACCACCGACACAUAUACAGGCCACGACCUGUACGCGCCUCGGGCCAAUGCAGUGCCCGAGCGGCCAAGCUUGAAACGGAAGAGCACCGCCGGCAUUGGGCGUAAACGACCCGAUAUACGGAAUCUGGCACCAUUGAGCGCUCCUGGCCAUCAUAACCUUGUGACCUCUGGCCUGCCUACACCCGGCGGCCAGCACCGGCAGUUCUCCUUCUCUGCAGGGCCGCACUCGUCACCUAUGCUUCACACUCCUGCCUCGCUGCCAUCGCACGCAGAGCAUAUGACCAGCCAUUGUAUGCGUGACCCGAUGGAGGACCCCGCUGCAAGCGCCGCGGCGGCGGCGGCGGCGGCAGCAGGGUUCUCUAUAGAACCCCCACAGCAAGCGCAGCAUAUGGCCGGCAUCACGGCGACGCCAUUCUCCCCGCCUUACAACUACGGAACGCCCGCGCCGAACGCGGAAAACAACAACAAUAACAACGGGCUAGGCGUCCCAACCUACGACCCGAUGUUCGGUACCGUGCCGACCAACGCAUACACGUCACCCGCUACCUGGCACGGAGAAGACGACCGCAACAAACCGCAGGCGGCGGCGCGCAGUCCGGGGGCGAGAAGCCACAACGGCAGCACGGGCACGGGGCCCGAAGAGAAAGACCCAUUCUUAAGCCUGCUGGAGCAGCUGGCGGAAAACGAACAGGCCAUGGGGCAGGGCAACGAACUCGACUUCUUUCUUGCCGGAGCUCAGGGCUGA